UUUAGACGCCAAAUAGGUGGCUCUUCACAAGAUAUUGUUGGACAUUCUCCCUCACAAGCUGGUGGAUAUCAAAGACAAAUUGUUCCACAGUACGGCCCUCCACAACCUGGUGGCGCACCUGCCGGUUUGGGACCUCCACCUGUUGAUCUACCAAAUGUACGACAGCCUUCUCAGCAGUCUUUGAACGGAGAAGAACUUCAGGCGGAAGAACCUUCCACUCCUGACCCCCUGUCAGUGUUGUUGGGUGAUUCCAGAUUUAUAUGUUCUGGUAAGCGUGAUGGUUAUUAUGCUGAUGAUAGCGUAAACUGCCGAGUGUUCCAUUAUUGUGUUGGGGGUUCCAAGCACUCCUGGAUGUGCCCUGCUGGCACCGUGUUUCACCAAGUGCACUUAAACUGUGUCCCAUCAGACCAGGACAUUUGCUCUCAAUCUGAGAAAUACCAUGUGGUUAACGAUUACCUCUAUAAGCCUCUUGAAGAAAAAGGGCCAAACAAUACUGUUCUAUAUUACAAACGGUAUUACCCCGAUAACUUCUUAUAUGGAGGCCAAGCCCCUAAACCCCCUAUACCGCAACAAGUAGGCUCUGUUCCCCAAGCAGGGGGUUAUCCAGAUUAUGGUUAUGGUGGAGCCCCUGCUCCCGGUUCACAGCUCCAAGUACAACCAACAGCUGAGUUUGCAUCUCCUAGAGGGCCACCAUCUUAUGGACUGCCUCCUCAAGCUCCUCCCCGUAGACCAGCCCCAACUCCACAAAAAGCUCACGGAGUCGAAGCCUACAAACCUCCUUCAUCUUCAAACCAAUUUCAAAGCUACCCUGAAGCGAUUGCAGACUUUUCACAGGCUCCAGAUAUAAGUGGUGGUUCCAGUGCUGGUACAGCUACACAGAAUAGAAAUUCUUAUGGACCACCACCUGGUGGUAGAGCAUCUCAACAGUAUGGAGCAAUAAAAUACGAUGAUUACUAA